AUGCUGGCCGCCACUCUCUGCCGCUGCUCUGUGUUGGUGCGGGUCCUGCUGCCGAAGCCAGGGGCUGAAUGCCCCUCCUCCUGGUCAUCUUCCUCCUCUCCCACCACCUCUGCUAUCCAGUCAGUUUGCUGCUAUUCCCAUGGGUCCCAUGAGACAGAUGAGGAGUUUGAUGCUUGCUGGGUGACAUACUUCAGCAAACCAGAUCUUAACGUCUGGGAAUUACAAAAAGGAAUGAAUACAUUGGUUGGCUAUGACCUGGUUCCAGAACCCAAAAUCAUUGAUGCUGCUUUGAGGACAUGCAGAUGGUUAGAUGAUUUUGCUAGUGCAGUUUGUGUUCUAGAGGUUGUAAAGGACAAAGCAGGACCUCAUAAGGAAAUCUACCCAUAUAUUAUCCAGGAACUUAGACCAACUUUAGAGGAAUUAGGAAUCUCUACUCCAGAGGAAUUGGGCCUGGACAAAGCAUCAACUCUUGUGGAUGGGCUCCCUAAGGAUUCAUUGGUAAUGCUACUUGAUUAUAUACAUUUACCUGGAGAUGCUGAUGAUAAAAUAUUAUUUGAACAUGUUUUUCUUUAUUGA